AUGUCCACGAUAUAUGCCAUCGGUUCAAAUGGCUCAGGACAACUUGGAAUCGGCCACAAAGAGGAUGUAUCAGUUCCGAAGCCAGUUCUAUUCGACGAUGAUGUACCCGAAGGAGUGCAGCAAAUUAGAGCUGGAGGUAAUCAUACUCUCAUAUUGUCGACUUCAGGUAAAUUAUAUUGCUCGGGCGAUUCAUCCAACGGAGCUUGUGCGCUCACUCCCGAAUCACACUCUUCCCAUUCGAGAUUUCGACGUGUGAAACUCUCAGAUGAUCCCACAAUUAAUGAAGCACCGGUAGUUUUGUGUGCAGCAACUUGGGAAGCGUCGAUCAUUGUCCAGCAGGAUAAAGAUGGUCAUGCGACGAAGAUGUAUUCUUUUGGGACAGGAAAUAAAGGGGAACUGGGUCUGGGAGAAUUUUUAUUUCGAUCAUCCAGACCUCAGAUGAUUGAAGACUUUCCACCAACUGGUUUGCAAGUCGUUGACCUUGCCACUUCUGUCAGUCAUGUAGUGGUUGUUUUAAGUAAUGGGGACGUCUAUGGUUGGGGAAGUGGCCGAAAAGGACAAAUUGGUGAACCUGUCGGUAUUGUGCAUGCUCCUCGCAAAAUUGAAGGUCUUGAUUUCAAUGUAGUUAGAGCUGUCUGCGGAAGGGAGUUCACAUAUCUUUUGGCGGAGUCCUCGAGUGGCCAACAUAAAAUUUUAGGGUCUGAUAAAUGGAACAUUAGAUCUUCAGCACCGGAGGAAAUAAUGGGUUGGUCUGAUGUUGGCAGUACAUGGGGAAGUAUUCUACUUCUACAAGAAAGCAAAGCUCUUUUGUGCUGGGGACGAAAUGACCAUGGGCAAUUAGCCCCACCACGAUUACCGCCCGCGCGUCAGAUUACGAUUGGCAGUGAGCAUGGCCUAGCACUCACGGUGGAAGGCGAAGUAUGUGCAUGGGGAUGGGGUGAACACGGGAACUGCGGACCAAAAACGAAAGAUGGAGAUGUGAAGGACACCUGGAAUGUGGUGGCAUCCUCUAAAUACUUGCCGCCAGGAGCAAAUAUCUCAUAUAUUGGCACCGGCUGCGCUACCAGCUGGAUCUGCCUAAAUUCAUGA